GAGCAGCGUUUCCGUGUUGUUGUGUCUGACGACUGUCGUUGUGUCGGUGGCGGAUUUUGGUCCACGGUAGGUGUCGCGUGUCUCCUUGAAGCCUUCAGCUGCUCUCCGCCGUCUCCGAGAGCCGCGCAGGAGCUUCUGGAGCGGGCGGAAAGACGCGGAUCAGCGCCACUUUAGUGGCGUCUGCUCCUGAAACGGGCUGACAAAACCUCGGCAAGAUAGCGAGGAUGUAGCCCGCAUUACCGAAUAAACAUAGCAGUGCUCCAGUGAGCGUGAGGAGACGUUUGUGGUCAUGGCAACAGCAUCUGAACCAGCAGAAUGCUGAAGCUGCUCCUUUGGCGCUCUUUACACAGGUAAAACACGCACACACAGACAAAGACAGACAGGUGUCAGCUGUCCAUCUUCAUGUCAGUUUCAGGCGUUUCCUAGAAGAAGCGCUUUUAAAGUUGGAAUGAAGCUAGAGGGAAUUGACUCACUGCGUCCUUCCAUGUUCUGUGUGAUGACUGUUGCAGAGGUGAUUGGCUGCCGUCUGCGCGUACACUUUGAUGGCUACUCGGAGUGCUAUGACUUCUGGGUAAACAGCAACUCAGCUGACAUCAGACCGGCGGGCUGGUGUCACAGAAACAAACGCAGGCUUCACCCACCCAAAGGUUACAGUGAGAGUGAUUUUGAUUGGUCGCUGUAUCUGCAGUCCACUGGAGCUCAGGCCGCACCCCCGAGCCUCUUCACCUGUCACACGGCCUCAUGCGACUUCCACGUGGGCAUGAAGUUGGAGGCGGUGGAUAAAAAAAAUCCAGGCCUGGUUUGUGUGGCGUCAGUCGCCGACGUCGUUGACGAUCGCGUCCUCGUUCAUUUCGACAACUGGGACAACUCUUACGACUACUGGUGCGAGAGCAGCAGUCCUUUGAUUCGUCCCGUCGGCUGGUGUGAAGAACACGGACGAGCUUUGACCGCACCGCGCGCUCACCCCGAGAACUUCACCUGGGAGGAAUACCUGCGAGAAACUGCUUUAGAAGCUGCUCCCAGAUCAGCUUUUACCACGUUAACUGGGAUGAGGACUCCUGUGUCCCAUCAGAGAGCUCCGCACGGUUUUCAGAUCAACCAAAGACUGGAGGCUGUCGAUAAGAGGAACCCCAUGCUGAUUCGUGUUGCCACGGUAACAGCAACAGAAGACUACAGAGUCAAGGUACACUAUGACGGCUGGUCUCCUCAGUUUGACGUGUGGUGUGACAGUGACCUCACUGACCUCCAUCCAGUGGGCUGGUGUCAACGCACAGGUCAUCCGCUCGAGGUGCCGCCAGAGCGGUCUACAUCCCCCUCCCACUCUCAGGGUGUGUGUCCUACACCAGGCUGCCGAGGAGUGGGACACAUCAAAGGACCAAAAUACACUGGACACCACAGUGCCUUCGGCUGUCCGUACUCGGAUAUUAAUACACGUAAGGAGCUGCUGCUUCCUGAUAGGCUCGGAGGAGUUACCAUACAUCACCCUGGCAACCAGUCAGAAGGCAGGGGGGGCGCAGAGGUGAAGACAGACUGUGGAGACUCUCUGGUGUCUCCUGUGGUGAAAAGGAGAAGAAUGACUGACAGGCUACCCAGGACGACCAAAUUGCUGCCAGUGAAACAGCAGGAGGAGGAGCUUAACAUUCAAGCCUGUGGUCCAGAGGUCCUCCAUCAGUCUGUCUUCCUGUCCGCCAUGUCGGCACCGCCCACCUGCUGGGAGCAACACCGCAAACUGCUGCCGGGUGUCACCAAAGUUCACUCCAAUGCCGUCCGCCACUGGAGCGUGCAGCAGGUGUGUGCGUUUGUGGAGUCACUUCCUGGCUGCGAGGACUUGGCCAAACAAUUCAGCGAUGAGCAAAUAGAUGGGCGGGCCUUCCUUCUGCUCACUCAACGAGACAUCAUCACAAUCAUGUCAAUCAAACUCGGUCCCGCCCUCAAGAUUUACAAUUCUAUCUUGAUGUUGAAACAUGAUGAAUGCAAAUCACAUGACAAAGACAAGAACCAAUUACAUGAAGUUGACAAGAACCAAUCAGGUCAUGAAGAUAUUGAGCAAAAACAUGAAAUUGACAAGAACCAAUCGGAUGAUGAAUAUAAGAACCAAUCACACGACAUGGACAAGAACCAAUCAGGUGAUGACGACAAGGCUCAAAAGUGUGAAACUGACGAGCACCAAUCAGAUGAUGAAAAUGAGAAUCAAUCACAUGAUAUGGACAAGAAGCAAUCAGGUCAUGAAGAUAUUGAUCAAAAACAUGAAAUUGACAAGAGCCAAUCAGAUGAUGAUUAUAAGAACCAAUCACAUGACAUGGUCAAGAACCAAUCAGGUCAUGAUGACAAGGCUCAAAAAUUUGAAAUUGACAAGCACCAAUCAGAUGAUGAUGAGAAUCAAUCACUUAUGGACAAGAACCAAUCAGGAAAUGAAGAUAUUGAUCAAAAACAUGAAGUUGACAAGAACCAAUCAGGGGAUGAAGGUAAAAAACAGUCACAUUAUGUAGACAGGAACCAAUCCUAUGAUGAGGACAAGAACCAACCUGCUGACGACAAGAACCAAUCACUUGAGGAAGACGAGAACCAAUCACGUAACGAAGAACCAAUCAGUUGACAAGGACAUGGACACUUCUUUGUUAGGUUCCUCUUUCUGUUAUCGUAAUCUUUAAAUUUCCAUCAAAUUGAAACUUCUGAAGUCAUGUCAGCUGUUAAUUUGGUGUACAAAGCUGUUUCGGGUGUUCCCCCCAGAGUCAGCUGGGAUAGGCUCAGGCUCACCCACGACUAGCGCUAUAGAAAAUGGGUGACUAGAACAUUAUUUGUCGUGGAAUACAUUUUCUUAUGCACUCAAACUGGGGAGGACAAACUGCGGUCCAAACCUAACCCAUAAAAGACAUUCCCGCCUAGCGUUUAGCUAGUAUUAGCUUGCUAGAAGGUAAAAAUUAUAACCAUUAGCACAUGCUAGUAUGUAGCAUAGCACAUUAACCCCAGCUGCUUGGUGAGCUCAUUCAUUCGAAUGUUCAUUAGCUGUGUUGUGAUGUCAUCACAGUUGAUACUUAUAUUUUUGCUCUAUAAUAUGCUUAAGAGGUUUCUAUUUUCCAGUCUCUUUGUUGGUAUAUCUAGAUCUAUAUUUCUAUUUCUGUCUUGGAGAGCCUGCACUCAGGGAGACCAAGUCACCUUUAAUGUUUCGCUUGCUGCAUCCAAAAUCCAAUGGAGUUAACAACUAAAAUUAAUCGUCUUAAUGCACAUUUCACGUGCUACAUGUUGUCAUGGAACUGUUCUUACAUCGUGACCUCAGUGUUAGCACUGCUGUAUUAGCAUGCCACUUUGAACGCAGCUGUGGAAACUGUCCUCAGGUUGCCAUGGUAACAACGGCUAUCCCAAUACUUUAAGAAAUUUCCUGGUGGAGAGCUGUUCAUUCAUCAGUGAUUUAUAUAGCUGCAGAUGCUAGCUCCUGCUAUAUGUCUGAGAGCGGUGACACUGAACUGUUGGUCCCAUCGGGAACGACUUUAGGACUCCCCAGGAAUACGUGUCUAAUCAGGAACAGCUUCAUGACUUACUAGGAACAAGCAGGUAUAAUCAGGAACAAUUUCAGGACUAACUAGGAACAAGCAGAUACAUUCAGGAACAUCUUGAGGACGCACUAGGAAUGAGCAGGUCUAAGCAGCCGAGACAGACUCCUGACGACACGACUAGCAGAAGAUGAUAAGAUGUUGAGCUAAUUACAAAUGAUGUAGCUAAAAAAUAAAAUUGUGUU